AUGAAAUUUUAUUUAUCUUUAGUAUUAUUAUUAUCUGUUUUGUCAUUUUCCUAUUCUAAACCAUCAGACUUGGGUAAAGUCUAUGCUAUUUGGCAUUGCGGUAUCGAUGGUUGCAUGUGGAAUACACCAAUCAACAACUCCUAUGUCGAUUGGAUUGUCAAUCGUGGAGAUGGUAUCCCAACCAAUAACUUGUUUAUCUUCUCCUUCUUGAACCCAGUAAACAUUCUCCAACAAGGAAUACAAGCAGUUCCAGCCGGUAUGAGUAAAUCACUCAUUCAAUAUCUCCAAUCUCAAGGUCUAUCUGUUAUGUUCUCCAUUGGUGGUGCAGGUAUUGUAUUAAAUUCCUGGAGUUCUGAAUGGGAUCAAGCUUUAACUAAAGAUCCAACUACUCUUGGUAAGAAUGCUGCUGCCAUCGCCCAAGAAUUUGGUGUUGGAAUUGAAAUCGACUACGAGAGUGAAGCCAAUACACCAAAGUUGGAUGCUUUUGUCAAGGCAUACCGUUCUGUCAUUCCAUUUGACAACUCCUCGAGUGCCACCGAUAGCUCUUUGCUAACUGUAGAUACUGGUGCUGGAACCGGAUACUUAACCUCUGUUUCUCUCUGGGCAAGCAAGUGGUUGGAAGCCAACGAAAUCAACUGGAUCAACGCUAUGGUUACUGGAGGACCAUACGGAUCUCUCUCUGAGGCAACUCAAUAUUGGAAUGAACAUUUAUAUGGUACCAACUGGGCAAGCAUUCCACCAAUGAGACCAGAACAUUUAGUUGUCAGUCUUUACAGUUGUGAUGGUUCACCAAAUUGUAAUUCAUACCAAGGUACUGUUUUGCAAGCUGCCGUCGGUUGGGUCAACAAUGCUACCACCAGAGGUAUUUCCUUCUGGGUAGGUGGAUGUGUUGGUGGUUUGAACAAUAACUGUUGCAAUGAUUGCACUGGUCUUGAACAAGGAUCAAAGAACUAUUUGUCAUAA